ACGCUUGCGCAAAAGUUGUUCACGUGAUUUGCACGUGUGAUAUAUAAAGCUUCUUCUGUCCCUGAGAUUCCACCACUCCAAAGCAAAUUCAAAGGGUUCUCGAAACGAAGUUUCUGUUACAUUUCUACAGUUUUGCUUGAACUCAUCGCAAUGGAUGCUGCAAAGACGCAUGGUGCUGUGUUGGCAUGUACAGAUGAAGCUGUUCUUCCAGUCAGUCAAGUGUAUGAUGCUGUUAGAGAACUUGGGAAGGAAGGGGUUGAGCAAUUGGAUCCUCUAGUUAUUACAUCUGCAAAAUCACUGAGUAAGUUUCCGGUGGAAUCUUCCUCUGUGGAUUUUUUCAUUUUGAUCUGGCAGUCACUUGAUUUUCCUAUGGACCAACUGAUUCAAGAAGUUCUCAGAGUGUUAAAAGCCGGUGGGACAACUCUUAUUCGGAAGUCCUCCCAAUCUGCUGUGGGUUCAGAUGAUAAGAUGAUAUCAAAUCUUGAGAACAAGUUAUUGUUAGCAGGGUUUUCAGAAAUACAUGUUUUACAAUCAACUCUCCCAUCAGGAGGCAUAUCUUCUGGGAUCAAAGCUAAAAAGCCUUCAUGGAAAAUUGGUUCAUCUUUUGCAUUAAAGAAGGUGGUGAAGAGUUCACCUAAAGUACAAAUUGACGUUGAUUCAGACCUGAUUGAUGAAAAUAGUCUUUUGACCGAAGAAGAUUUAAAGAAACCCCAGCUGCCAUCUGGUGAUUGUGAAAUCGGAAUUACAAGAAAAGCCUGCAAAAAUUGCAGUUGUGGGAGGGCAGAAGAAGAGGAAAAAGUGUUGAAGUUAGGAUUGACAGCAGAACAGAUUAAUAAUCCUCAAUCAGCUUGUGGCAGUUGUGGGUUAGGAGAUGCUUUUAGGUGCAGUACCUGCCCUUACAAGGGGCUGCCUACCUUCAAAAUGGGCGAGAAGGUAACACUGUCCGGGAACUUCCUUGCUGCAGACAUAUAAUGAAUAAUGUUGCAAUGUUGUCAUGGGAAUGGUAUAAUACAAUUUCUAGAUAACAUGGGAUUGGUAUCAGUUAUGCUAAAACUAGCUAAUCAUUCCUUUGAGGUAUUUGAUAUCGCACAAUUUAAAGUGUACCUGAGAUACACCAAUUUUAUUUUUCGGGUAUUAUAUAGGUGUCGUUCUCUCUCUCUGAUGUGUUAAUUUAACACAUGACAUACAAAUUAAGAUACCUAGUUCACUUUGUAUGAAAAAGAUAAAUUAUGACUUUACAUA